GGUAAGGGUGGCCGAUCGCCUUUUUUCGCGUUCUCCACUCCAUUGGUCCACUUCGAUCGUUUUUCGCAAGCUUUCGCUUCCUUUUUUUUUUCAAAUAUCGCGUAUCCCGAUCGAGGAGAAGAGGGAGAAAAAAAAAAAAGAUUAAAAAUCGAAAACGGUGUAGACCACAAAAAUUAAAGUACCUAAAAAUCGCAGAAGAAGAAAAAAAAAAAAGAAAAAAAAAAAAUUACACUACAAGAUAGAAAACAAGUAAUAAUUCGAAUUCGGUAAAAGAAUCGCAAGAACCACCACCUCCUCCGUUAUCGGCGUCACCACCAUCAUCCGAGAUGUGGAACGAAAGGCGGGAAAGCUCCCACCACCGGGGUUUAACAUCAUCGGUCGCUGGAAUAGUUCGAGAGGGGCGUACGCAUAAAGAGUACGAAUACAGUUUAGUCCCCACAAAUGAUACGGAGACCGUACGAGACGGUUCAAACGAACCUGAGGACAAUCGACAACAAUCCGAAGAAAGACAAUUAUUUUUAAUAUCAACCGACAUCGAUCGGCGCAACUACCAACGUUACUUGGGACCAGAUAUGACCGAAAAAGGAUCGCGGGUCACGCAGUACGCCGCCUCAUGCGCAGGUAAUCUCAGCGUGUUUGCGGGCGGCGUGGUAAUGGCAUGGUCGAGUCCGAUACUGCCAAUGCUUAAAAAGGACCCACCAUUGUCCGACAACCCUCUGGGUCGACCGAUAAACGAAGAAGAGGGAUCUUGGAUCGGGUCUCUUCUGGCUGCGGGGGCGGCGAUCGGAGGAUUCGGUGCUGGAUACCUAACGGAAAAAUUCGGUCGCAAAAAUGCUCUGCUGUUCAGCGCGGCGCCAUUUAUACUUGGAUGGAUCUUAGUGGCGACCGCUGGAAAUAUAGCGCAACUUUACAUAGCUCGUAUAUUUUUUGGUAUGGGCGUUGGAAUCGCAUAUACAGCUCUACCGAUGUACGUCGGUGAAAUUGCCGAGACGUCGAUAAGAGGCGCUCUCGGUUCGCUGAUGCAGCUUUUUAUAUCAGGUGGUCUGAUAUACGGGUACGUGAUCGGCCCUUACGUGUCGUACUUGGCAUUCUGGAUAGUUUGUGCCUGCGUCCCGGUAGCAUUCGUCUUCGUAUUCAUAACGAUGCCCGAAAGUCCGCAUUACUUCAUAAGCAGAGGACGAAAAGAGGACGCGAUGAAAUCGCUCGCAAGAUUGAGGGGAAAAACGGUGAACGGUGUACAGCAAGAAGUCGACGAGAUCCAGAUGACGGUCGAAGAGGCGUACAGGAACCAAGGUUCGUUUAUGUCCUUGUUCAGAGUUCGCGCGAAUUCCAAAGCCUUGAUGCUAACGUCCGCUCUGGUAGCUUUUCAACAAUUCACGGGCAUCAACAUUGUCCUAUUCUACACCGGUGACAUAUUCAACAGCACCGGAACAGCAUUAAGCAGCGCAAUUUCGACGAUAAUCGUUGGCUGCGUUAUGCUGAUCGCAUCGUGCGGCACGCCUAUAUUCGUCGACCGACUUGGACGUAAAAUAUUAUUAAUUAUUUCCGGGAUCGGGCAAGCCGCCACACUGAUUGCCCUUGGUCUGUUUUUCUACUUGAAGGACGUAUCAAAAAGUGACGUAUCGAACUUGGGCUGGCUCCCGGUAACAUCGUUAGUAAUAUUUAUCGCGGCGUACAGCAUAGGUUGGGGCCCGUUGCCAUGGGCAGUGAUGGGUGAAUUAUUUGCAUCCGAUGUAAAAUCACGCGCUUCUAGUAUAACCGUUGUAUUUUGUUGGGUAUUAGCGUUCUGCAUAACUAAAUUCUUCACAAAUAUUGAAUCGGCGUUAGGUACCUAUACGGCAUUUUGGAUAUUCGCAGGUUUUUGUAUAGCAAGUGUAGUGUUCACGAUAUUUUUAUUACCGGAAACAAAAGGUAAAUCGCUUAAGGAAAUUCAGGACAUACUCAACGGUUACGUUAAAUAAUAAUUACAGAUUAUCUUUCGUUAUACACGCGUGCAAACGCAGUCCCCAAAGAGAAGAGAGAAAUUUUCAAAAUUGAAGAAAAUAAAGAAAAUAGAAAAAAGUUCGUUGUUAGAAAAAUUCAAAAUUUAUUUAUUAUACAAAUCUGUAUAGCAUUAUAUUAUAUUAUCAUUUUUAAAUUAUCUUAUAGUUGUCAUUAUUAUUAUGUAUCAUCAUUAUUAUUAUUUAUACAAAUUAUACAGCAGCCUGUGAUAUGAGUGACACACAUUCCGUAAUUAUAUUGAAAUUCAAUAAAUUUAGAACACGAAAAAGAGACUAGACAAAACAAAAGCUCAAUAUAAUGUGCAGCGUAUGGUUAAAUAUAAAUAUAUUAGACAUGAACAAGUGUAAUAGAUUACACGUGAUGCGUAGUAUUCUGAACAUUGAUAAUAAUUGAUGUCAGAAACGAGAGGAAGAAAGAAGAAAAAACAAACGAAGAGAAAUUAUCAGUUGGUAUCUUCCAAAAAACACGAAAUAAAAAUCAUAAAAAAAAAAUAAAUAAUAAACAAAUAAAUAAAUAAAAAUAGUUCGUGAUGUGCAAUUACAUAAUUUAUAUACAUUUACGAUUCGUAUCAUGUGUAUAUUAAUUAUAGUUUUGUUUGAUAAUUUAAAUUAUAGAAUAAAUUUGUAUAGUAUAUACCUGUAUUUGAAUAUAAUGUAAAUAUUUUACCUUCCUUCGUCAAAAGGCAUUAAUUUGAUUUAUAUACGUUGCCUAAAGUAUCCUCAUUUUUGGUAUUUCAUGUGUGAAAUCGAAGUUAAAUGUUCUCAGCGAAGAUAUGAAAAUAAUAAAUACCUCAAUUUCUCAAUAAUUACAGCUUGAAA